UCGGAGACCAUUUCCUUCCAACAGAAGGCCUCGCAGACGAGCGCCACACACGCAAACAUCCACACAUAUGCAGUCAGAGUGGAGACAACCGUCAACGCAGAGCCACGUUUGGGAUCGUUCGGUAUCGACGCUGCAAACCCCGGACGCCCCCCCGCUUCAGAACGCCUCAAUAUGGGUUUUUACCGCUAAUUUGCAGCGAAACCUGGUCGACACCCGCGGCGGUAUCUCUUUCUUUGCUCUGAUGGUACUAGCUGAACAGUGACCACUGCCUGCCCAAGGACUUCUGCUGCCAAAUUCCCUCCAUCAUGUCUGGGAUCCAUGCCCCAUGGACAUCCGGCACAGAGUGUGUAGCCAAGUACAACUUCCAGACUGCCAACGAACAGGACCUGCCUUUCUGUAAAGGGGAUGUUCUGACCAUCAUUGGAGUCACCAGGGAUCCAAACUGGUACCGAGCGAGGAACACAACGGGCAGAGAGGGCACCAUUCCAGCCAACUAUGUCCAGAAAAGGGAAGGAGUCAAGUCGGGAGGAAAACUCAGUUUGAUGCCUUGGUUUCAUGGGAAGAUAACUCGUGAGCAGGCGGAGCGGCUUCUCUACCCCCCAGAAACCGGGCUGUUCCUGGUGAGGGAGAGCACCAACUAUCCGGGGGACUACACCCUGUGUGUCAGCUGCGACGGGAAGGUGGAGCACUACCGCAUCAUCUACCACAACGGCAAACUCACCAUCGAUGAGGAGGAAUACUUUGAGAAUCUCAUGCAGCUGGUGGAGCACUACACCAAAGACGCUGAUGGCCUUUGCACCAGGCUGAUUAAACCCAAGUUGAUGGAGGGGACAGUGGCAGCGCAGGACGAGUUCUCCAGGAGCGGCUGGGCCUUGAACAGGAAGGAGCUGAAACUCCUCCAGACCAUCGGCAAAGGGGAGUUUGGAGAUGUGAUAUUGGGAGACUACAGGGGGACCAGAGUGGCAGUCAAAUGUAUCAAAAAUGAUGCGACAGCGCAGGCUUUCAUCGCCGAGGCUUCAGUCAUGACGCAGCUGAGGCACAACAACCUGGUGCAGUUGCUGGGUGUGAUCGUGGAGGAGAGGGGCAGCCUUUACAUCGUCACAGAAUACAUGGCCAAGGGCAGCCUGGUGGACUACCUUCGCUCCAGAGGAAGGUCUGUUCUUGGGGGAGACUGUUUACUCAAGUUCUCACUUGACGUGUGUGAAGCCAUGGAGUACUUGGAAGCCAACAACUUUGUCCACAGAGACCUGGCAGCUCGAAACGUGCUGGUGUCUGACGACAACAUCGCCAAAGUCAGCGACUUCGGCCUCACCAAGGAGGCCUCCUCCAUUCAGGACACUGCCAAGCUGCCCGUCAAGUGGACCUCACCAGAAGCACUAAGAGAGAAGAGGUUUUCCACCAAGUCAGACGUCUGGAGUUAUGGAAUCCUACUUUGGGAGAUUUACUCCUUUGGGCGUGUGCCUUACCCCAGAAUUCCGCUGAAAGACGUGGUCCCCCGAGUGGAAAAGGGGUACAAGAUGGACGCCCCGGACGGCUGCCCCCCAGUGGUGUACGACCUGAUGAAGCAGUGCUGGACCCUGGACGCCGCGAUGCGGCCCUCCUUCCGCAUGCUGAGGGAGAAGCUGCAGCAUAUCAGAGCCAAGGAGCUGUACCUGUGAAGAGGAGGUGCAGAAGGGGGUCACGGGCGGGGGGGGGGCGGCGACAUGCAGCACAAGGAUUGUGGGAGGUGGGGGGAGGAGAGAAAAAAGGACCACAGCAACUUUUCUCCUGCUUGCCCCCCCCCCUUACCAACCUAUGGGACUGCUACACUGUGCCCCCCCCCCAUCCCCCUGCCUCUAAACACCCCCCCCCCAGCCGUCCUCUGCUUUCACACUAGGACUGUUUAACUGUUUGUGUUGUAUAGCUUUUGCCAGAAAACUCCUCCUUCUCUCCACUGCUCUUUUGCCCCCAAUCCCCCCCCUGACACACACACCUAAAAACACCACCUGUCCUCCUCUUCAUCCCCUUCGUCCUCCUCCUCCUGAGACGUGGCAUUACCUGGAGGGGGAGGCUGGCCUUUUCCUCCACGUUUGUCAGGUGCUCCUUCUUCUAUACCUCUUCAUAAUCGCUGGAUCCCGGCGUCACCUGCAUGCCUUCAGCCCGGCUGUCACACCCCCCCCCCCCCCCCCCCCCCCCCCUCACAUGGUCGGACGCGAGGCCUUCGCUCUGUGCCAAAGUGCCUCGUGCCUACAGAGCUCCAGACUUCCCUCCAGCACUUCUUUUAUUUUACUUUUUUUUAUCAUUACAGAAAAAACUUCUUUUUUUUUUUACAUUGAUUUAUUUUUCAGGGAUGUUAUAAUAAACCAAUUUUUUUUGUUUUGUUAUGGCUCGUUCCCCGACCAUCUCCACUUAAGACUGAUGUUCCCUCCCCAAAAGUCCAUGACGGAGGAUGGGGCGGUGUGGAUAGGAGGAGACGGCGAGGAGAGGCAGGUCACAAAUACGGUCGCCUCAUCAUACGUGGGCUUGUUUUAUAUUAAAAAAUACAUAUAUUUAAAGGAUUAAAACAAAAACCAGACGAAGGACUGAGGACGCCGGGGUCAGUGGGAGGGGGGUGUGUGCAUGCUGUUAAAGAGGCCUUCGGUUCAACUGUCAGUGCUUUCAAUGUUCAUUGUUUUAUUAUGCUAUCAUGAUUAUGAAUAAAUCAUUCCAUCUGAGCAGUGUGAAAA